GUAUUGUUACAGACAGUGGUUAUUUGACUACCUGCUGUGGAAUGAAUCUCCUUCUUUUCUUGUCUUUGUAUGUCUUGGAUACUCCCCAGCUAGAGGAGUGGUUAUCAGCUCUGUAUAACACAAUGCUUCCUCCUGCACCCAUUCGUUUACAUGGUGCUUGGUGCAUCCUUGUUUCAUCACUUCUGUGCUCGCUGAAAUGGGAUUUUGUAUUUACCGAAUUUAAUUGAGCUGCAGCGUACUGUGAUUUGAAACUGCCAGGUCCAGGCUGAUUGUUCACUGGGCUGGAGGAAUUGGUGCUGGGAUGGCUUUGAAAAGGAAAAUAUCUCUUGUUAUUUCUGUCCUAUUUCUGUUAAUCAGUGUAUCCGUUAUUAUUGCCAUUGCCUAUGUUCAGAUUCACCAAGAACAGGCCAUUUCUCCUGGUCCAAAGUAUGGCAUAGUGUUGGAUGCAGGAUCCUCAAGAACAACGGUCUAUGUAUACCAGUGGCCUGCAGAGAAAGAAAACAAUACUGGAGUGGUGUGCCAGACCAACAAGUGCAAUGUUAAUGGCCUUGGCAUUUCCAGUUAUGCUGCUGAACCUGAAAAAGUGGCUGAGAAUAUAGAUAACUGUAUGAAGAAAGUAAAAGAUACAAUACCACAUAAUCAGCAAAACAGCACUCCGGCAUAUUUGGGAGCAACUGCGGGAAUGAGGCUUCUCCGGUUAAAAAAUGAAAGUGCCGCUCAAGGAGUCCUUGCCAGUAUUGAGAACUACUUCCAAACCCAGCCUUUCGAUUUUAGAGGCGCUCACAUCAUAACUGGUCAGGAGGAAGGUGUGUACGGAUGGAUCACAGUCAACUACUUACUGGGAAAUUUCUUGGAGAAAAACAUUUGGAGUACAUGGGUACAUCCUGGUGGUGCAGAGACAACAGGAGCUUUGGAUUUGGGUGGUGCCUCAACACAGAUAUCUUUUAUUCCAGAGAAGUCUGAACAGAACCCAAACAACACAUUGGAAGUGACUCUAUAUGGUUAUAAAUACAAUGUAUACACUCAUAGCUUUCAGUGCUAUGGUAGAGAUGAAUCUGAAAAACGUCUGCUGGCAUCACUGGCUCAGGGAAUACGUGGGCAAGCCUUUGUUAAUAACCCAUGCUAUCCUCGCAACCACAUAGUGAAUCUAACAAUGAAUCACAUAUUCGGAAGUCUGUGUUCAGCCAAAUUCCGGCCAGCUAAUUACAACCCGGAUCAGUUUGUUCGUUUUAAGGGGACCGGAGACCCAGAUCAGUGCCUGAAGAGGGUGUCAACUUUAUUCAAUUUCACUGCAUGUCAUGGGGAACAAGACUGUUCUUUUAAUGGCGUUUACCAACCCAACGUAAAAGGAAAAUUUUCGGCAUUUUCAGGAUUUUACUAUACAGCAAAUGCUUUAAAUCUUACUGGACAUUUCUCAUUAGAGGAAUUUAACUCAAGUAUGUCAUUCUUCUGUUCUCAAGAUUGGAGCAAGCUUCCACAACUGCUUCUAAAGUUUGAUGAAAAAUAUGCAAGGUCCUACUGCUUUUCAGCUAAUUAUAUUUAUUAUCUACUGGUUCACGGAUAUAAAUUUGACAGCGAGUCUUGGCCACAGAUUCAGUUUCAGAAAGAGGUUGGGAACAGCAGCAUUGCCUGGUCCUUGGGUUACAUGCUGAACCUCACCAAUAUGAUCCCUGCAGAGAGACCCUUGAUUCUUCUCCCUUUAAGGCCUACGGUCUUUGCUGGGCUUCUUUUCCUGUUUGCAGCGAUAUCUUUACUCUGUCUGAUAUUUCUUGUGAUACUGCUAAUCCGGGCAUGCUGAGGAUACUAGGAAUGUUUUCUUCAAGGACUAUAAGAACAGGAGUUUGUUUAGUUAUUACACAUGGACACUUUGGCCUCGUACACACGACCGAGGAACUCGUCGAAAAUUAAACAUC